CAAACAUCGAGCUGUUGGAUCAUUUUUAAUCCCUGUGAACGGACGUAAUCAAAUUGUUGAUCUCAACACAAACUACAGUAAACAUGCAGUGGUACUUGUUCUUUCUUACUGUGAUGGCUCAGAAUUAUCUGAUGGACUGUCAGCUCUAUGAGUUUCACUACAUUAAUGAGAAUAAGACCUGGACUGAAGCUCAGCAGUACUGCAGAGAGAAACACACUGACCUGGUCACAGUGACUAACAUGAAGAACAUGAAGAGACUCAUCAACAUGUCAUCUGGAGAUAUAAAUGAAGCUUGGAUUGAUGCCCCUUAUUUUCUUGAGUGGGGAGAUUUAUCCUGUAAUGAACAGCAUAAUUUUCUCUGCUAUAACGAAAAUAGUUCAUCACAGAAAUACCACCUGAUUUAUGAAGCAAAGACCUGGACAGAAGCUCAGAGCUACUGCAGAGAGAAACACACAGACCUGAUCAGCGGAAAGAAGCCGCUACAGGAUGGAGAAGUGAACAAGUGGUUCAAUUUAACGACUGCAAAUUCAAAGUACAUAUUUAUCGGUCUGUUUAGUGACACCUGGAUGUGGUCAGAUGGAAACAGUUUCUCCUUCAGACACUGGAAUCUACAGUUUGACAAUCAGAGAAUCAACAGUGGUCAAUGUGCCAUGACUGUGUUUGAUGAUGGAGGCAGAUGGAAGAAUAAGAACUGUGCUGAAAGAAAACCCUUCAUCUGUUAUGAUGAUGAAUUGAUCCUGAUCAAAGAAAAUAAAACCUGGGAGGACGCCUUGACCUACUGCAGAACGAACCACCAUGGCCUGGUCACCAUCACCGACUCUGAUGAGCAGAGACUAGUCCAGAAAAAAGCCCAGUUUGCUUCAACUCCUUUUGUCUGGAUGGGUCUGCACUACGCCUGCACUCUGGAUGUCUGGUUCUGGGUCAGUGAUGAGGCGGUCAGCUAUGAGAACUGGAACCAAGAUGGAGUGAUGGACGACUGUGACAUGUCUGGAGCCAUGGCGAUGGGAGGAAAUCACAAGUGGUUUAAAAAGAAUGAUACAGAGAAGUUUAACUUCAUCUGUUCUCUACAUCCACCAGAAGAAUAAGUGGUGUGUUAUGCAACACUUGCUCUCAAACAGGCUGUAUAUGAAGGCUGAUAUAUGUAGAAAAGGAAAUGAUUGAAUAUUGUAAGUCAUAUUGUUUGGAUUUUGUUCUGUUUUACAUCAUAUGCCAUGUGUGUCAUGUAAAUUAUAUGUUUACUCAAAGCAAUAUGUCCAUCAUAACCCUAACUGUAAAAAAGAACGAUAGAAUCCUAAUACGGUACUUGUUUUAAAUGUGAUCUAAUAAUAUACAUGUAUAUAAUCUCUAGCUAUCCAGAAUGCUCACUUGUUAUUGAUCAAUAUAUUAAACUAUCAUGUUAAAUGCUGUAUGUAUCGAAGCAAA